AUUUUUUUUUUUUUGUUUCUUUCUUCCCAUUCAUCCUCCUUCGAAACCAAUGGUGAAAUCGAAGGGCACAUACAACGCCACUGGCCGCCGCCUGACUGAAACGGCUGCUUCCAAGAAGAGCGGCUCCACCACUGCUGCUGGAUUGUCGUCCGACAAUGGCGUGCGAUCGAACGUGCGGGCGUCUCGCGCGGCGGCCUCGUCGGAGGACACGAUCGACCUGCGCGACACGGUCGACCGCUUCCACAACCGCAAGCACGGCAGCAUGCUCGCAGGCCGGUCUGUCCAGGCACGCGACGCGCUCGACAGCGACGGCGGCGACGAGGACGAGGGCGAGGACUUGAUGGGCGGGUCCACGAGGCGCCACAUGGCUGCUGCUGGCGCACGGGGAGGCGCAUCUGGCCGCCGCGGGGCCGCUGCCUACGACCAGGGCGACAUGAGCGACGACGACGACGAGCAGUACGAGGAGGCGCUGGGUCUUGGUCUGGAUGACGAGGACGACGACGAUGAGGACGACGAAGACGAAGACGACGACGUCGACGAAGACGAUGCUGCGACUAACGCGGUUGGUGGCUGGGGCAGCAAGCGCCGAGACUACUACAAUGCAGACGACGCCGAGGAGCAGGCCGAGGAUAGCGAGGACGAGGAGAAUAUGGAGCGCGACGAGGAGCAGGAAGCACUUCGCCUGCAACGGCAACAGGCUGCGCUGCUCGACGAGGACGCCAUGGACGUGGACGACUCGCUCGGUGCUCGGGCUCGUCAGCAAGCAAGCGGCGCUACUACUGCGUCAUCCAAGAAGCCGCUCAAGGCAUCCGCUGCCUCCAAGAAGGCUGCCGACAGUGCGCUCUUGGCGUCCGGCGAGGAUGUGGCUAUUGAAGCAGUUGCUCGCGACAUUUCCAAGCUGUCACAGACGGAAAAGCUCGAAUUGAUAGUGAAGGACAGCCCCGAGCUGCUCGAGUUGCUGAGUGACUUUAAGCUCAAAAUCGGCACGGUCGUAUCGCAAAUCCAGCCCUUGAUCGAAAAGACCCGACGAGGCGAGUUUGCCACCUCCAGCGGCGUGUCAUACCUCGAGGUCAAGCUGCACAUUCUGUUGUCGUACUGCAUCGACAUUUGCUUCUACUUGUUGCUCAAGGCGGAAGGCAAGCCCGUGAAGGACCAUCCCGUGAUUGAACACCUCGUUCAUCUUCGCACGACGCUGGAGCGUCUUCGCCCACUGGACUCGAAGCUCAAAUACCAGAUCGACAAGCUCGUCAAGGCGGCUGCGACCGGAACACAAAAUUCGGCCGACCCAUUGCGGUUUAAGGCCAACCCCGCUGCAUUGCUCGCAGAUGGUGCCGAAGAGGAGCGCGGCGGUUCCAAAUCACUUCGCGGCAAGCGCAAUGCUGACGCGUCCGACGAGGAGGAUGAGGCUGAGGUGGCCAAGUACGUGGCGCCCAAGCUGUCCGCGGUUGCUUUCGACGACGACUCUGCAUCCCAACGCAAGCAGACUCGCGAGGACAAGCUUCGCCGCAAGGCGCUCAAGAGCUCGUUGCUGCGAGACAUCCAAGAAGAGUUUUCCGAUCGCCCGCGCGAGGUGCGAGACACUGCUGGCUUUGGUGGUCGCGACAUUCUGCCCGACGAAGACCAAGAGGAGGAGCGACGCCGAUUCGAGGAGAGCCACUUUGUGCGUCUCACCACAAAGAAGGGCUCUGGCCAGAAGCGCCGUCUGCCGAACGCGCUGGACGAGAUUGUCGAUUUCGGCGACAUCAACGGUCUCGAACGUUUUGGCCGCAACGCCGCAGGCAACGACGACGAGGACGACGAUGCCGAGCUCCGCAAGGUCUUCAAGAAGAGCUCUAUUCGCGACAAGCUCAACGAGCUGCGCAACAACCGCGACGACGCGACCGAGGUUGGCCGAUCGUCCAAGCGCGCGCGCGUUCAAGACGAGGAAAUCGAAGAAGAUGACUAUUACAAGGAAAUUGAAGCCAAGACGCUCCGGGAAAAGGACCGCAAGGCCGCGACCAAGGCAGCCCAUGGUCUUAUGGCUCAGGACGAUGGCGAAGAAGAGACCGAGGGAAAGCGCGCCAUCACUUAUCAGAUUUCAAAGAACAAGGGCCUCACCCCCAAGCGCCGAAAGGAGGUGCGCAACCCGCGUGUCAAGCACCGUGUCAGCUACGAGCGUGCCCUUGUCAAGCGCAAGAGCCAAACGCCCAGUGUGCAGACCGAGUCCAAGCGUUAUGGUGGCGAGUCCACGGGUAUCCGAAGCACGCUGGCCCGUUCCGUCAAGCUGGGAUGAGGUUGUUUUUUGGUGUCAAGUACCAUGUUUUUUCUUCGUUGCUUUCUUUUGUGCUUUUGAGCGUUUGUGUGUAAUUCGGUUUUUUCCCCCCUGCCAGACAGAUGCCCGAGUUCUUGGUGGUUUUUUGGUUUUUCUUGUUAUUAAAGCAACAGGUUGCAGGUGACA